UCUAACCUCUACACUGGACCGAGUUGCGGACAAAGCAGUAAUUAUUAAUUUAAUCCCAAAGCAAUUCUUGACUCCGAUUGGCGGUCUUCUGGCUGCUGCAGCUGGUUAUUUUUUUUGUGCCCCGAAAAGUGCUAAAUUCGCUGAUUAGGCGAAUAACGGUGGCAACCGGCGCACAAAAGCGACAGAGAACGUUCGCGAGCGAGCGAGAGCGAGAGAGAGAGCACAUAGCACACAGCACACCCAAGGAAGAUCUUCAAGUAUCCCGCAACCCGCACCAACCCCUAACAUAGUCAUGAUCCUGCAGAGAAGCCGGAGGUGCCAACUGGCCAUCCUCCUUGUCGUCCUGCUGGCCGCCAUCGCUGGCCAAACGGACGGACAGAAGGCGGCCAACUUGAACAGCAACCAACCCGCUUGCGGUGGCAAGGACAAGUGCAGCAGCUGCAUCCAGACGGAGUCCUGCGCCUGGUGCAUGCAGCCGGGCUUCAAGGGCCAGUCUCGCUGCUUCCAGGCCAACAGCAAUCAGUGCCCGGAGGAGUUCGUCUAUAACCCGCGCACCGACGUCCAGAUCCUACUGAACAAGAACCUAACGCUGGCCAGCACUGGUUAUGCGGCGGGAGGAGGAGCAGCCGGCUAUGGCGGUGGUGCCCAAAUCUCUGGCGGCAGCUCGAGCUUCUAUCAAGAGUCCUCAUCGUCAUCGUCAUCCUCAUCCUCGUCGAUGUCCGGCUCCUAUGGCUCACAGUACUCCGCUGGCAUGUCGGCCAGCUCCGCCGACAUUGUCCAGAUCAUGCCGCAGUCCGUGAAGCUGCAGUUACGCGUCAAUGAGAAACACAACCUCAAGGUGAGCUACUCCCAGGCGGGCGGAUAUCCGGUGGAUCUCUACUACUUGAUGGACCUUUCCAAGUCCAUGGAGGACGACAAGGAGAAUCUGUCGGAACUGGGCGACAAGCUGUCCGAGACCAUGAGGAGCAUUACCUCGAAUUUCCGACUCGGUUUCGGUUCAUUUGUGGACAAGGUGCUCAUGCCCUAUGUCUCGACCAUUAAGAAAAAACUCGAAAAUCCCUGCGAAAACUGCACGGCUCCCUACGGUUACCAAAAUCACAUGCCACUCCGCAGAAACACCACAAGCUUCUCUCAAGAGGUGAAGAGUGCCAAAGUGUCGGGCAACUUGGAUGCUCCCGAGGGCGGCUUCGAUGCCAUCAUGCAGGCCAUUGCCUGCCGACAGCAGAUCGGUUGGCGUGAACAGGCCCGUCGCCUGCUCGUGUUCUCCACGGACGCGGGCUUCCAUUAUGCCGGCGAUGGCAAACUGGGCGGCGUGAUUGCCCCCAACGACGGCGAGUGCCAUCUGAGUCCGUUGGGCGACUACACGCACUCCACGGAGCAGGAUUACCCCAGCAUCUCGCAGAUCAACCAGAAGGUCAAGGAUAAUGCCAUCAAUAUUAUAUUCGCGGUGACCGCCAGCCAGUAUUCCGUCUACCAGAAGUUGGUCAGCCAAAUCCAGGGCUCCUCGGCGGCCAUACUAUCCAGCGAUUCAUCCAACGUGGUCGAUUUGGUCAGGGAAGAGUAUGCUAAAAUCUCCUCGUCAGUGGAGAUGAAGGACAAUGCUACGGGCGAUGUGAAAAUCACCUACUUCUCGUCCUGUGCGCACGGACCCGAAAUGCAGACCUCCAAGUGCGACAACCUGACCGUCGGCCAGCAGGUGAGCUUCACCGCCCAGAUUCAGGUGCUCAAGUGCCCCGAGGAUCCGCGCGACUGGACGCAGACCAUCAACAUCUCGCCCGUGGGCAUCAACGAGACCAUGCAGAUCCAACUGGAGAUGCUGUGCGCGUGUCCCUGCGAGAAGCCCGGCUCGAUUGGCUAUCAGGAGCACUCGAAGAGCUGCAGCGAGCACGGCACCUCCAUGUGCGGCAUCUGCAAUUGCGAUGAGAAUCAUUUCGGCAACAUCUGCGAGUGCUCGGCCAUGGAUGUGACCCUGAAGAAUGGCAACGAUGCCAGUUGCCGGGCGGACAACAACUCGACGACGGACUGCUCCGGCCGGGGUAACUGUGUGUGCGGUGCCUGCGAGUGUUUCAAGCGCUCGAAUCCCGAAGAGGUGAUAUCCGGACCGCUCUGCGAGUGCGACAACUUCAGCUGCGAACGCAACAAGAACCAGUUGUGCUCGGGUCCGGAUCACGGCACCUGCGACUGUGGCCGCUGCAUCUGCAAGCCGGGCUGGACGGGCAGCAGUUGCGCCUGCCAGGCGUCCAACGACACCUGCAUGCCGCCCGGCGGCGGUGAGAUCUGCUCCGGUCACGGCACCUGCGAGUGCGGUGUCUGCAAGUGCACGGUGAACGAACAGGGUCGCUUCUCCGGUCGCCAUUGCGAGAAGUGCCCGACGUGCUCGGGCAGGUGUCAGGAGCUGAAGGACUGCGUCCAGUGCCAGAUGUACAAGACGGGCGUGCUGAAGAACGGCGACGAUUGUGCCCGCAACUGCACGGCCUUUGUGCCCGUGGGCGUGGAAAAGGUGGAGGUCGACGAGCACAAGGACGAGCAGAUGUGCACCUUCUUCGACGAGGACGACUGCAAGUUCAUGUUCAAGUACAGCGAGCAGGGUGAGCUGAUCGUCCAUGCCCAGGAGGAGAAGGAAUGCCCGCCCAAGGUCUUCAUGCUUGGCAUUGUGUUGGGCGUCAUUGCCGCCAUUGUGCUAGUGGGUCUGGCCAUUCUGCUGCUCUGGAAGCUGCUGACUACGAUCCACGAUCGCCGCGAGUUUGCUCGCUUCGAGAAGGAGCGCAUGAACGCCAAAUGGGAUACGGGCGAGAAUCCCAUUUACAAGCAGGCCACCUCCACCUUCAAGAACCCCAUGUAUGCGGGCAAAUAAAUCCGAUAUGUAACUAAAUAAUAGGGAAAUAGAACUUGUGUCGCUCAACUCGAACGACGACUGUCUGUGCUUGAACCGGAAACCAGAAGGAAAAACAGCCAACCAACAAACAAAACCACUAUAACACUAUAACCAAUCUUCAGAACCGACUCCGAAUUCAUCGAUGAAGCUGCUUUGCCCGGGUGCAAAAUCACUGAAGUCAACUGCCAUUGAAACGCGUUCUAAACUAAGUCAACCUUACAUAUACAUAUAUAUAUAUAUAUAUACAUAUAUAUAUAUUUAUAUAUUUAUAUAUACAUUUACAAAACAACCCCGCCGUGGGACAGCCUUUAUACAUUGCGUAUACUUAACGAGCAAACGAUUUGUGCCUUCCAGACAUAUUUUAGACUAUAUCUUUACGUACGUAUAUACGAGCAAGAAAACAGACAACGCACAGCAACAAAACAAACAAGCAGCCAAGAAAAAAAACAGCCAACAAAUGAACUACGAACGAUAGUUAAAAUUAUGAUUUUUGUGUUCUUUUUUGUACCCAUAUAGUAUCCAAAUCGGAGCCAGCAUAUGAAUUUGUAUUUGUAUUUUAUUUUACUCUUUAUUUGUAAUUUUGUAAUUUGUAAUUUUUGUUUUGUGUUUUCCCCCUACUUCUAAUUUUUUGUAUCAACAACCUUUAUGAUGAUUAUUAACGAAAAAGCCAACGGCAAUAUAGCGAUGUAUUUAACUGAAACGAUCCCAAACGGCAAACGGCUAGAAAUGGGAAACUUAACUGAUCUACUAUCUACUACCCUCCCAAAAUUGUCGUCCUUCGCCACGCCCCCCCCCAGCCCCCCACACGUCUAAAUGUUUUUCUAUUGUUUUUAAAGCUAACUUUACAAUUAAUAUUUAAGCUAUUAACAUUUAAGCUUGUAAUUGUUAAUUUCGAAAUGCAAUUGUGCCCCAGGGACAUUUUCGUUUUCUGUAAAAUCUUUUCAUUUUUAUUUUUGUAUGUUUUAUUUAUAGAAAAAGAAAGUAAAGAAAAGAAAAGAGGUAAACCGCGCGUGGAACAGAAUGGAAUAUAGUCUUCUAUAUGUGUUUUGUUUUAUUGAAUUUCUAUUUCGAUCAUUAAUAGUAAAUUAAUACUACUAUAUAAAUAUAUAUUUUUUGCCAUUUGUACUGAUUACUGAUUAACAUUUAAAGUAAUACAAAACCAAAACAAAAAUAUUUGUAUAAAACAAAAACAAAAAAAACGAAAAUCAUUUUGAGUAAUUUUAUUGAAUGAUGAACCAAUACAAAAUGAAGUGGAAACACUAGCAAUAUAAAAAGAUGUGGAAAUUAAAUUGUUUGACGCUAAUUUUAGUAAAAUCAAUAAAAAAGGAAACUAUAAAAACAA